CCACGCUUUUCAUUUAUUUGAAAGAGCAACGAAGAACCAAGAAACCACUUUCAAGAGAGUAUUAAAAAGAUGUUGAGCCAAGAAGAAGGGUCAGCAGCACUUGACCGAUGCUUCGAGAAGAUGAAGAUGGAAGGAAUUGUGAUGACCGAGUGGAAAGAUAUCCCUGUGGAGCUUCUCAUGAGAAUCCUUAACCUUGUUGAUGAUGAUCGGACGGUCAUCAUUGCUUCUGGUGUUUGCAGUGGCUGGAGAGAUGCUGUUUCCUUUGGUCUCACUCGUCUCUCCCUCUCUUGGUGCAAGAAGAACAUGAACAGUUUGGUUCUGUCUCUUGCUCCAAAACUCGUCAAGAUUCAUACAUUAGUACUGAGACAAGACAACUCUCAGCUUCAAGACAACGCAGUGGAAGCAAUAGCGAAUCAUUGUCACGAGCUAAAAGAUCUUGACCUAAGCAAAAGCUUGAAACUCACUGACCAUUCUCUAUACUCUCUGGCUCGCGGUUGCACAAACCUCACUAAACUCAACCUUAGUGGCUGCACUUCAUUCAGCGACACUGCUCUUGCGUAUCUGACAAGGUAUUGCAAGAAGCUCAAAGUUCUGAAUCUUUGUGGUUGUGUGGGAGCUGUCUCUGACAAUGCAUUGCAGGCUAUUGGGGAAAACUGUAGUGAAAUGCAGUCACUAAACUUGGGAUGGUGUGAGAAUAUAAGUGAUGAUGGAGUCAUGAGUUUAGCUUAUGGAUGUCCUGAUCUAAGAACCCUUGAUCUUUGCGGCUGUGUUUUAAUUACAGGAAAGUUCGAUGAAGAAGGACUCAGAAGCCUCAACAUUAGCCAAUGCACUUACCUUACACCUUCAGCGGUUCAAGCUGUUUGUGAUACAUUCCCUGCGCUUCACACUUGUUCAGGGAGACAUUCUCUGGUGAUGAGUGGUUGUCUGAAUUUAACAUCUGUUCACUGUGCUUGUAUCCUCCAGGCUCACCGUUCCCACACAGCUUAUCCUCAUCAGGCUCAUUGAAUAAGUGUGGAAAGCCAGAGAGGUCUCUUCCUUGGUAUGUGUACAUAUAAGCUUAAGGUUAACAAAAUAAAGGCUUGUUUUGUUUGAGUUUAUCUUAUGAGUCUCAAGAUUUUACGUUAUAACAACCUUAAAAUGAUUAAUAAGUUCUUUAAUUUGUC